AUGGCAGAUAUAAAUGAUAAACGUCUACUUUCAUCUAUUCAUUCUGCAGUUACACCAAGAAAACAAUUUACACCAACUCUUCCUACAGUUUCUCGUCAACAAUCCGUCAAAAUACAUGCUCAUCGAAGAAAAACAAAUAGUGUACGGUUAAUAACUGUUAUUCAUACAAAAGUUCGACCACAAAGUAGCUCUAUUCUUGAAAAUAAAAGCGAAAAUACCAAUGAUAAUGACACAUUUCCUUCGACCACCGAUCUUAUAAAUGCAAGUCAUCAUCGUCAUAAUUCAACAUCAUUAGCUAAUCAAAGUUUAAAUGAAUGGUCGAAUAAUACAAUACAAUCUGCUGAUAUUAAUCCACGAUAUCGAUCAUUAUCUCAGUCGUCAUAUGAUCAUCAACGACAAAUAAAAAGUGUAACACUAUUAAAUACUCACAGAGAUAGAAAAACGAAAAUAUUAAAAAAGCUAUCAUCAAAAUCAGAUAAAGUGUUUCCAUAUCAUGAUGAUAUCUCUCGUGGUUCAAUUCAAUUCAAUAGUUCUAGUAAAACCAAAUUAUCAGAUGGAUUUACAAGCCGAAUAGGAUCUGCCGAUGAACUUCAUGAUAUAGUAGAACAUACAAAAAAGAGAAAAAAACGAAAACGAUUUUAUUGUUCUCCAUGUAAACUUUUUUGUUUACCUUGUCUUCUAUUAACUGGUCUUAUUCUUGGAACACUUUUGACUGUUUUAUUGCUCGAAUUUUUACCAAAAUCUACCACCACAAUAAAAACAAGUUCCUCCAUAUCAACAACAUCGUCAGUGGCAACCACUUCCAUAACGACAACAAGCACAACGACAGUUACAUCAACAAUUACAACAACAACAAUCCAUUAUGUUUGUAAUUCUUCAUGUGUCAAUCAAUCAUGGACUUCAUCCAGCAAUUUGCUUGCUGAAUGGCAAUUCGAUAAUAAUCUACUUGAAGAUGUCACCGGUACCAUACCAAGUACAGCACCAAUUUUCACAUAUACGACCGGUUAUGUGAACCAAGCACUGGUAUUCAAUGCAACUGACAAUCAAUCACUAACAUCUCCAUCUAUGAGUUUGGCGAGCACCAGUUUUACUAUCGAUGCUUGGAUUUACCCUACUGGUUUUCCAAAUUCGCAGGAUCACAGUAUAGUCGGUUUGUGUCCUUAUCUUACCUUUUCUGAAUGUAUGUAUUUAACUAUUCGUAAAAAUGGUAGUAAUUGUUAUCUUUAUUUUGGUUUCUAUGGUGAUGAAUGUCCAGGAAAUACAUAUGUGUCAGUAAAUGAAUGGAUACAUGUUGCCUUUGUCUUUGAGACAAAUUCAUUAACACAGAGUAUUUAUCUUAAUGGAAAAUUGGAUGUUAGUAGGACAGCAGCAGGACCAUUUAAAGCUAAUCCAGAAACUUUAACAAUUGGUAAUAUUCCAGUACUUGAUAGCCUCUCUGGCUCAAACUAUUUUCAAGGAAUCAUUGAUCGAUUGGCAAUUACAGGUCGAGAUAAAUCAGCAUGUGAAAUUCUUGAAGAAGCUUCAUUAGCAGCUUAUUUUACCUUCGAUUCAGGCAUUUCGUUUACCGAUUCAGGACCUAAUUCAUUAUCAGCUGUUGGACAAUCGGUUUCAUUUACAUCGAAUGGUCAUUCACUUCAAGCUAUCUCAUUCAAUGGUUCAACUUCAUCAUACUUUCAAAUAUCAGAUGUAACUGGGCUUGGUAUUACAAAUCGUCCAUUUACUAUCUCCUUCUGGAUACGACCUCAAUCUUUAUCGGGAACCCUUGUUCAUGUUUCAGCAAAUUCAUCAGGCCUUGGUUGGUGUAUUCCUUUCUUAGGUUUUGCUGCCAAUGGUUCAAUAAUUGCUCAAAUGCUUAAUGGAAUAAUUCGAUAUGUAAUAGGUCCGUCAAUACCCUUGGCUCCUACCUGGACACACAUUGUUGAAACAUGGGGUCCAGUAAAUGGUCUUCGUCUCUAUAUUGACAAUGUGUUGGUUGCAUCCACUACUUCCAUGGCUAAUUCAUAUACAGCUAGUACAGUACCAAAUUAUGUCACAUUAGGAAAUAGUCUAAGCGGUGCUAGUAUUUGUAAUGGAGGUCUACUUGGAUCGAUGAGUCCAUUCAACGGUGAUAUGGAUGAGUUUAGAAUUUAUAGUCGAGAACUCACUGCUGAUGAUAUAUGUACACUUUAUACUAGUUAA